AUGGACUGCAGUCAGCUGAAUAAGUUGACAGAAAAUGAGAGGAGUCAGAUUAUUAGGCGUCUGCAGACUGGGUCUGAAAUGAUGGUGUACCACCAGAAGGCUGAAAGACUCAUCGUAAAAAAAAUCAUAAUUGAAACGAAGCAAGUGGCUGUAUUCUGCUCUCCUCACAAAAUAAGCACAGCAUGUAUGAUGGGCUACAGUCAGCUGGAUGAGUUGACAGAAAAUAAGAGGAGUCAGAUUAUUAGGUGUCUGCAGACUGGGUCUGAAAUGAUGGUGUACCACCAGAAGGCUGAAAGACUCACUGUAAAAAUCAUAAUUGAAACGAAGCAAGUCGCUGUAUUCUGCUCUCCUGACAAAAUGAGCACAACAUUGAACAUCGCCGAGAUCAAAGAGAUCCGCCUAUGGAAGACAUCGGAGGAUUUCCCUCAAUUUAAAGAAAAUAAAAAAGUACGAAAAAUGUUUAACCAAUCAGUUCCACGGGACUUCAAAACCUGUUUCACCAUCUUUUAUGGCACAGAGUUCAUCUUAAAUUCAUUGAGUUUUAACGCUGAUUCAGUGGAGGAUGCAGAAAACUGGCUGACAGGACUCGAGUUACUCAGACAGGAGACACUGGCAGCUAACACACCAGAGAUUAUAGAGAGUUGGCUGUGGAAGCAGAUGUACUCUGUUGACCAGACAAAGAAAAACAGUAUUUCUAUGAAAGAGCUCAAGUCGCUUUUGCCUAAGAUGAACUUUAAAGUACCAGGUGGACGUUUUCUGAAGGACACAUUUUCGGCGUUGGGAGCAAAGAAUGAUGUUCUGGAUUUUGAGCAGUUUCACAAAUUCUACAAUCUGUUGAUAUUUGACAACCAAAAGAUGAUACUAGAAGAGUUUAAACAGGGUUUAAAUGCUUUCAUAAUGGGUAACAUAGAUCAGCCUAUUCAACUCUGCAAUUUUCAAAGAUUUCUUUUAUAUCAACAAAAAGAGACUUGGGCCAACAAUUUGAAUCAGGUGCAAGACUUAAUGACCAUCUUUAUAGACGGUACCAUGAGGAACACCAAUAAUCCAACAUUUACUGUUGAAGAGUUCCUCGGCUUUCUCUUCUCUAAAGAAAACUCUAUUUGGGAUGAGAAGUACUCUGAGUUAAAUCCACUGGAUAUGAACAACCCUCUGUCUCACUACUGGAUCAACUCAUCACACAACACAUAUUUGACUGGAGAUCAACUGUACAGUGAGUCAUCAACAGAAGCCUAUGUACGCUGUCUGAGACUGGGUUGCCGCUGCAUUGAGUUGGACUGCUGCAAUGGUCAAGACGAACCUGUCAUAUACCAUCUUUGGACCAGGACUUCAAAGAUAAAGUUUAAAGAUGUGGUGAAGGCCAUCAACGAUCAUGCUUUUGCAACAUCUGAGUAUCCUGUGGUCCUGUCCAUAGAGGAACACUGCAAUGUCCAGCAGCAGAAAAUCAUGGCCCAGUGGUUCAAGGAUAUUUUCCAAGACAAACUCUUGACUGAGCCAUUGGAACCAGAAGCCAAACAGCUUCCCUCACCAACCCAACUUAAGGGCAAGAUCAUCAUCAAGCACAAAAAACUGAAUAAUAAUGAGGAAAAGGAUCUAAGUAAAGGAGAUAAGCAGGGAGAACUUUUUAUCUGGGACCCAAUAGACGAGAGAUGGUAUAAGCACUACUGUGUGAUCAAGAAUAAGAUGUUAUAUUACGCAGAGGAAAAUGAACUAGAGGAGGACACAGAGAAGUCAUUGCAGAGCAGCACUGAACUUCAUCAGUCAGAGCCCUGGUUUCACGGCAGGAUGUCCGAGGGCAGACAGACAGCUGAAAGGUUGCUAAAAAAAUAUUGUGCUGAAACAGGGGGAGUCGAUGGAACGUUUCUGGUGCGAGAGAGCGACACGUUUGUCAAUAAUUGCACCCUCUCAUUCUGGCGCAGCGGACGAGUUCAGCAUUUCCGAAUCGGCUCCUGUAUAGACGGAGGUCACCCGGUUUAUUUUCUGACUGAUAACCUUCACUUCCCCAGUGUGCAUGCGCUCAUCGAGUAUUACAGAGAAAACUUUCUCCGCUGUAAGGAUUUCAAUCUGCAUCUCACUGAAUUUGUGCCACGACCAGACCAGCACCUGCAGGAAGGAUGGUUUUACAGUAACUUGAGUCGAGGUGAGGCGGAAGACUAUCUGAUGAGAAUCCCAAGAGAUGGGGCCUUUCUCAUUAGACAGAGAGAAGAUUCAGAUUCAUACGCCAUCACCUUCAGAGGUGAAGGGAUGGUGAAGCACUGUCGGAUACACAGAGCGGACUCUAUGUACGUGUUGGGCACCUCCAGCGAGUUCGAGAGCCUGGUGGAACUGGUGGAGUAUUUUCAUAAGAGGCCACUUUAUCGGAAGAUCAAGUUGCGUUAUCCUGUGACACCUGAACUAGUGGAUCGCUUUAGUUCGAUACAAAUAUCUGGUUCACUUUAUGAUUCUAAACAGUACGUGGAGGCCAAUGAGAAAGAGCCAUCGCUGCCCCAAAACACAGUGAAGGCCCUCUAUGAAUAUAGGGCCAUGCGGCCAGAUGAACUCAGCUUUAACAAGGGUGCAUUAAUUCAUAAUGUAACCAAGGAAGCCAAUGGAUGGUGGAAAGGAGACUAUGAUGGGAAUCUGCAGCAAUAUUUUCCUUCAAAUUAUGUAGAGGAAGUGGCAGAUUCUUCAUAUGAGGCCAACUACCAGACAGUUGAGGAGAAUCCAUUAAGAGACUUAUGUAAAGGGGUUGUGGACAUCUCACAGUGUACUGUAGUUUACUCAACCAAACAUGGCAAGCCUUCAGUUGUGACGCUGCAGUUUAAGGAAAAUAAAGAUAUGGUGCCGUUUGAUUUCGCCACUGAGACCACUGAGGAGCGGGAAGAAUGGAAUCAGGUGGUCUGCAAAAUCACCGGGAUAGAACAAAACCAAGCAGUUCAGAAACAGCAAAAGAGGAAGGACAAGACCAAAGGAAAGGUGGCCAGCGAGAUGUCUGAAUUGGCAGUUUAUUGCCAGCCUCGCAGCAAAGAUAAAGAAUGCUUUGACAAUUAUACCUACAAAGAGGUCCGAUCCUUUGUUGAGAGUAAGACACCUGCCAGAAGCAAGUCAAGUCAAUUCUUGGCAUAUAACCGCAAGGCCUUGAGUCGCAUCUACCCUAAGGGCCAUCGAGUGGAUUCCUCCAACUAUGACCCAUAUCCUCAAUGGAUGUGGGGCUGCCACAUGGUGGCACUUAACUUUCAAACUGCUGAUAAGUACACCCAGCUGAACAGCGCCCUCUUCAGUCUGAAUGGAGGAACAGGAUAUGUGCUCCAGCCUGAGCUGAUGCGUGCGGAUAAUUUUGACCCUUCUCAAGAGAAGAAGAAUGUCGAAUUCACCAUUACUAUUAGGGUGAUAGGAGCACGGCAUCUACCCAAACCCGGUCGCAGCAUCGUCAGCCCUUUUGUGGAGAUCGAACUGCGCGACCAAAGAGAUGAGAGCAAAUUUAAGACUUUUGUUUGCCACGAUAAUGGGCUAAACCCUGUAUGGCUUGGGCCGAACCAUCAGCCUUCAGAAGCAGUUACUUUCAACGUUUAUGAACCAGAACUCACAUUUCUUAGCUUUGUGGUCUUUGAGGAGGACAUGUUCUCUGACCCCAAUUUUCUGGCCCAGGCUACUUUCCCCAUCAAAGGCAUUCGGCCAGGCUAUCGGUCUGUCCCUUUAAAAAAUGGGUUUAGUGAAAACCUGGAGCUUGCAUCUCUCCUGGUAUAUGUUGAUAUACAGCAGGUGAAGGUAUAG